AUGUCCAAUACGUCACCAUCAUCUGCAUUGCAUCCGUUACUUUGUUUGCGCGUGUUGGAGAGGCUAGGCUAUGCGGUGUACCGCAGGCCUACUGCCGCAGAGGGUGAUCCUUUCGAUUUGCCUGAUCCAACAGCGUCAUCAGCGACGGGGAGCCUCAGUUGCUCAUCUCGGCAUUCACACUCAUUUUCGUUUUCGGAGGAUGCUAUGCGUUCCGGGGGUUGGCUUUCCCGACACAUGCGUCUAUCUCUUGCAACCUCUUCUUUACAGCUCCGUAAUAUUGUCGAGAAUGUUCUGGUUCCGUUGGAGGGUUUGAUGGGGGAUUCGUCGAGAAAUUUGAAGUCCCAUCCACAGGUCGCUCCUGUGAUACACAUAGCACUCGAGUGGUGGUGCACGCUACCUUACUCCUUGCGUCUACCAGCUGACCGGUGGAUGCCGCGGUUGGCGAGCUUUUACAGUUUUCGAAAUGCUAAGUUGGAACAAUGGGACGGAGGCCAAGGAGGGGAAUCACACGUAGACUUCAUGGCUCCACCGAUUUCCUUUUUAAUGCCUUAUUUCAUGGAAAAGAUGAGAAGAAUUAACUCAUACGAAGCUUUUUCUCCCCAAAACAACAGAAACAGUGGUGAUGUCCCAUCAAAAAAGGAUUGCAAAAAGAACAUUAGCCUAAUGAAUCCAAUCUCUGAGGCACUAGUGCAGCUGUUCACUUUUUUUUUGUUGGCAUCUCCUUCGAUAAACUUCCAAGAUGGUGUUAGACAACCUUCCACUCAAGGGGACAAUGGAGUGGUCAAUCAAAAGAAUUUACCAAUGCUUAUGACGUAUUCUAGGCAACAUCAGGUGGAUCAACCAAUACUAUCAAAUCGGGAAGUCAUUCCGUUUACAUGCAGUAUUUCUUGUGAUGGGCGUAGCUUCACGUUACCACCAAUUACGUUACGGGACCCGUUGCUUGCGAAUGUUCUUUUCUGGCAAGGGACGUUGCCGCUCCUUGCAUUGCCACUAGUAGCAGGUUCCUUGUACAUGGCUGCCGUCUCGUUGGCUUCUCUUCGUGGAUCGCAGCCUUCCAGGAAGGAGGUUAAGACUAAUGAGACUGUUCCUUCCGAGGUAAAAGGUGAAUUGCCGAGGGGGCAGAGGGGAGAUGAGAGUGUGGAUGAGAAAGAUUCUUGUCCUAAUCCACCUACAUCUGGUGAACAACUCAUUUACAACUGUUCGAUAACCCUGCAAAUCCCUAUCCAUGAUGAUGAUACGUUUCGUAAACUCUUGUUGCGCUUAUCUUCUUCCGUAUCUGAGCCUGUCAUUUGUGAGUUCUCCAAUUCCAUGUGCAGUAAGGAGAAACCUCGAGAGAAUGCUUUUUUUGCUUAUCAAGUCAUGAGUUUAAUCGAACCCAUUGUUUCCCUUGGACAUAAGGCUAAGGACCAGGAGCAGACCCACCCUACCAACAAAAAUUUCCACAGCUUGGCUCCUAAAAUCCCUAUCCAUGACUCUUUUUGCACUACUACUAACAAGUUCAGUGGUAUGAACGGAACAGUUGAGGUCAGCAUCGACACACCCCUCCGGUGGAUCAACCCAUUGCAUGAAUAUCUAAUUGCUACAUAUACAGAACGGGCAGCAUGCUUAGCAUCCCAUUUUGACAAGAUCAAACUUCAAUCAGAUACACAAAAACCGCAAAGAGCACUAAGCCUAAGUUUUACCGGUGUCGUGAAUGUAUUGGCCGCUGCGUUGGAGCGUUUUGAGCUGCUCCGAAAAGAAAGCUCUUGUGCAGCUGCGGCUCACCGGGGGUACAAUUCCUAUGACGGGAGCAACGCAUCCCAUACGGAUGCUCACAGUGGUAGCAAAGCACAACUGGGGCACAAGGAAUUUAAGCAUCCCACGCGCGUUUCGUUCACUUUGCUUCCAGAAAAGCAACGGGUGCAUGCCUUUAAGGAAGCCUGUGAGAUGCUUCUGAAUCACGCACGAAGGAGUCUCCAUCAUCAGCAACCACUGCGGCGACACUCCACUAGAUGCGGUACAAUACCAGACGCCGAUGAUUCAAACGAGGGAAAACAGAGCAGCGUAGUGCAGUGGUUUCCUGACGUUCCUGUCUCUCAGCAGGAGAUGGUUCUCCGUCGAAUGUGCGGCGCUUGUCGUGCGUUGGUGCGUGUGGUGAUGGAAGAGAAACGGAGCAGUCUUGUUCUAGAAGGACCUGAGGGGGCCGCCGUUAAUGCAGGCGGCGCUUCCUACUCGCUGCCGUCGGAACAUAAUUCCCCAAAUGGUGUGCAAUUUGUUGGCGAUCGACCUCAGCAACAUAGCAAGACAUUUGCUGAGGUGCUGCGUAACACCGCAUUUCGCAUAUUAGAGCCCUCCCUGUGGCGUUACUAUACCGAGUGUAAAGAAUGGGAGCCCCAGCAGUUAAGCAUGGGCGAUCUUCAAGCGAUGCGUUGUGGCUGGUCUCCAGCUUCACAGACGCUUGGGGAAGUUACGAGCGCGCAGCGCGCUAGGGCUUUCAUACCUUUGACUUUACAGUCAUUGGCACCUGCAACUCACGCAGCGGAUUUGGUGUAUCUUUCCACAAUUGUGAAUAUUGAUGAAUCAUGGGAACCCCGGUUGGUGUCCUUCUGUGAGUCCAUAGAGUCCGUGUACAGCAAUAUAGGCGGUGCUGCGGCUUGGAAGACUGCAGUGCACAUCCUGCGCAAUCCGCUGCAACAGCCUCUGCAUGCCGUAGUCGAGGGCAUUCGUCUUGUGUGUUUACAUAUCUUGCUCUUUCACAGUAGUGAUGGGAUCGGAAAAAUACAUUUCGGGAAUUAUGGGCCUGUGUUCGCUACGGGGAAGGGGAAUGCGUGUCAUGGUAAGAGCGUCAAGAAGCCACAUGGUGGUGGUUGUGGUGACGAGCAUGUCCUACUGGACGUCAUACAGGGCUUUUUUUGUGUCUGGAAGCACUAUAGUGAUGCAGCUGGCGAUGAAGACCCGAUUUCAGCCGUUUCAGCACUUAGUUCCCCAACAGCUGUGGUUGAGAGCGCCUCCCGAUCAAAUGAUACAGGACUUGGUUCAAUGCCUGAGCGUCUUCUCUUGCUUGUUUAUCUGACCUUGCAGCGCUACCUUUUGCACAAUAGUGAUGACGAGACGGCCUACUGCCGACAGUACGAUCUCAACGUUGGCCAUGAUUCUAUUCACACGGCGUUUCGUUCGCUAGGGGCGUUGUUUCCACUUCAGGAUUGCGGCGCGACGUCAGAGCGGGCUAUGACAGCGUCAUCCGACGUAGCUAAGCCGGGCAGAGGGCCCGGCGGCAUACGCGAAGCUGAAGCUGCACUGCACAUAGCAAAGGCUCAUUUCCCCCAUGCGUUUCACGAUUUUAGUUCUGAGAAGCUAGCGCGUUGGGAGCUGGCUGAGGAGUUACGGGAGUUUGUCGCUGCGACGUGCACUCUACGCCCCCUCCCUGAUGUUGCAACGUGGCAUUGGGUGGGGACGCCCGCCGCUGUGCGACGUGCCAUGCGGACCCUGAAGCAAUUGUCAGCGUCCGCCGAGCAAGCAGGGGCGACGUACUACUUCUUGCUUCCCUGGAGCGCGUGGGCUCUUAGUCACCAUCCGCUACGGCUCUACGAUGAAAGUGGGCAGUCCGCGGGGGCUGCGGAGGAGUUUGAGCAGGGGUUGCAGUCUUUCCUAGAGUCCCCGAGUGGUGUUCUAGAGCAUGAUAUAGCGCGGGGUGAAGCAUCUCCAGGGGCGAGGGUUGUGAUGCGGUUCGUGAGUGCGAUGGAGGAAAUACAACACUUCGCGGUGCUCAGUGGGAGGGGAAAACGCGCGCAGUCUGUUAUGUUUCUUGCGGAUGACAUCCAGGUAGUUAACGCAGAGGCUGCACUUGAGGAGGGCCUACAAGCUUGGAAACAAUACCCUGCAGAGGCGCGUAGCGGGGUUGAUUCGAUGGCGAAUCAGGACGAAGAAGGGGAAUAUGAUGGCUUGGAUUGA